AGCCAGGUGUCUAAUCCCUUCAUACCAACAUCCACAACAGAAAAUCAAAACAGUCACUCAAAAUACCACUCAAUCAAUCUUCUCUUUCUCUCUCGUCUCAAACUCGCUUACCAAAAUGGAAAACAACGGUGAAGUCGGUGAUAGUGAGAGUAAGAUCGAAAUCAGUGAUGACAGUUUGAGUAAGAUCCAAAUCGGAGUCAGUGAGACUCGAUUCAGUGACAGUGAGAUCGAUGAUCUUCGACGGUCUAUUAAGGGUGUAAACGUCUUCAUCGCCGAAGAAGACAGCGCAAAUCACAGCGCAAGUCUAAACGUCUUCAACGCCGAAGAAGACAGCGCAAGUCACAACGGUGAAGUCGGUGAUAGUGAGAGUAAGAUCCAAAUCAGUAAGAUCCAAAUCGGAGGCAACAGUGACAGUGAGAUCGAUGAUCUUCGACGGUCUAUUAAGGGUCUAAACGUCUUCAACGUUGAAGAAGACAGCGCAAGUCACAGCUCAGCCGACAACAUAUUGUUCAAAAACUACGAGGAAGUGUCUGUGCAUCGAAAUAUGUUACAGGAUACCCCUAGGAUGGUGGCCUACAAAUCGGCCAUAUCUUACCAUCAGAAGGACAUAGAAGGAAAAGUUAUUGUUGAUGUCGGCUGUGGCACGGGUAUUUUGUCGAUUUUGUGUGCAAGGGCUGGAGCUAGGAAGGUUUAUGCCAUUGAGGCGUCUGGGAUGGCUCUACAUGCUGAAACCAUUGUAAAAGUCAAUGGAUUGUCUGAUGUUAUAAAGGUGUUGCAUUGCAAAGUUGAGGAUGCAACAAUAGAGGAACAAGUAGAUGUGAUUAUAUCUGAGUGGAUGGGCAACAUGUUGUUCCAAGAGAACAUGCUUCCAACGGUCAUUUCAGCCAGAGAUCGUUGGCUUGCGGUUGGAGGAUUACUGCUUCCUAGCUCUGCAUCGUUGUAUAUGGCUCCUUUCUCUGAUAGGGACAGAUAUUACAGUAACAUUGGCUUUUGGUCCAAUGUCGAUGGAAUUAACAUGUCUGUUUUAAUUCCAUCGGCGAAGACUUGUUUCUGUAGUAGUCCUAAAGUAGAGACAGUUGAGCUGGCCAGUCUUUUGGCAGACCCUCAUCAGGUGAUAGAGGUAGACAUGCACUCGAUUAGUAGUUCUGAUUUGGAUUCUAUCAGCACAGCUUUUGAGUUCCACUCAUAUAGGAGUGCACCACUACAUGGGUUUGCACUUUGGUUUGAUACUAGAUUUUCCCGGCUACCACGAGUCAUGCCUGGAGCACCCAUUCUAUCUACUGCUCCUAGUGCACCAUCGACACAUUGGCAGCAGACGUUGCUAGAUUGUGAGGAUCCAAUUGAUCUAGAAGAAGAUCAAGUGAUUCUAGGAUCAUUAGAGAUUAAGAUUGACAGAUACUACCCUCGGAUUCUGCAUAUAGAUCUUUCAUAUGGGUUAAAGGGUGGUGAAUUGUCUAAGAUCAAGACAAGUUUCUGAUUUCUUUGAUUGACGAUCCCUUCCCCCUUUCCUUACCUCUUAUUUUUUUAGUCCUCUCAAUAGCUGACAUGAGACCAUAGCUAUAUCUUGUGUGUUUUUAUCAGUUUUCUCCUUAUCCCAUGUCAGCAAGUUCACUUUAUGAUAUAUACUUUGACCCAA